AAAUGCUAACUGUCACUGAAAUCUGAUGCCUUGGUUUUGCCUCUACCUCUCAUCUUUGACAGCGAGAUGCAGACCCUAUGGGUCCUGGCAGCAUCGCUCGCAGUGCUUUUCAUUGUAAAGAAGCUGUUAGAAUUUCAGAAUACUGUCAAAUCUAUUCAAAAUCAUCCAGGAUUCCGUAACGUACUUAGCCCAAGUGGCCUAUUUUCCUUCCUACCUCGGAUCCGUGGUAUAUCUCUUGGUCGCAGCAUCAUCGCAGAUAGGUAUGCGCCCUACGAACAGUUUGGCGUCGACAUAGUUAGCUCUGUGUUUGCAAUUCCUACUACGAAGCCACAUUAUUUCAUUGCGGAUGCAACCGUAAUCAAGGAAAUCAUGACAGCCCGGAUUAAGUUUCCGAAGCCUAUUAGUCUGUACAAAUUGCUGCUAUUCUUUGGCCCCAAUAUUGUCGCUUCUGAACGCGACGAGUGGAAGCGGUAUAGGAAGGUGUCCGCUCCUGCCUUCACAGAGCCGAACAACAAAUUAGUGUGGGAUGAAACGGUACACGUUGUGAAAGACCUCUUCGACAACGUCUGGGAGAAUCGUAAAGAGGUUAUUUAUGAACACGCUUUGGAUAUUACUAUGCCCCUUGCGCUUUUUGUCAUAGGCGCAGCUGGAUUCGGCAGACGCAUCGGAUGGAAUGACGAAAUGGUUGCACCACCCGGGCACAAACUGACUUUCAAGGACACUCUUGAUAUUGUCUCUCGUGGCGUCCUUCUCAAGGCUGCGCUUCCAACUUGGGCUUUAUACGCAACAAAGCGGACUAGAGCUGUUAAGAUUGCAUUUGAAGAGCUUGAGCUUUACAUGAUGGAUAUGAUCAAUUCUCGGAGGUCGUCUGAGAAAAAGGAAGAUAGGGAUGACCUGCUUACUAGUCUCUUGGAUGCUAGUGAAGGUGACUUCGAUGGAUUUGCGAAGCUCACCGACCGAGAGUUACUCGGUAACAUUUUCAUUUUCCUAAUCGCCGGCCACGAGACCACUGCGCACACACUUUGUUUUGCGUUAGCUCUAUUAGCUCUGUACCAGGAUGAACAGGAACGGUUGUACGGGGAACUUAUGAAGGCUUUCCCAGACGGUCGGACGCCGACGUAUGAAGACAUAAAUAAACUGACAUAUGUCGAGUGUGUACUAAAUGAGACCCUGCGCAUGUUCCCUCCUGCAUCUAAUAUCCCGAAGUUUGCUGCAGAAGAUAGCAGCUUCGUCACCACGAACGCCGCCGGCGAGAAAGUUGUCGUUCCCGUACCUGCUGGAACUGGCUUGUCGCUGCACGUCAGUGCACUGCACUACAAUCCUCGUUACUGGAGCGAACCAUAUGCAUUCAAACCUGCACGAUUCCUCGAGGAUUGGCCGAGGGAUGCUUUUAUUCCUUUCAGCGGAGGUGUUAGAUCGUGUCUGGGUCGGAGGUUUGCGGAGUUGGAGAGUCUGGUUUUCCUCUCAAUGCUUGUCAUGCAAUACAAAUUUAUCGUCAAACCCGAACCUCAGUUCGCGAAUGAGACUUUUGAACAGAGAAAGGAGCGCAUUCUUAAAUUCACGCAGGGCAUUACUCUUACACCUGUGCGAGUACCGCUGGUCUUUACUAGGAGAGACUGAGGAUCUCUCCGGUAUUCAGUACGCUAUACCUCAUGAUCAUACUGGGAUACCCUAUAACACAAAUUCUUUGGCCUAUCGUGAAUAUAUUCACUCUGAAACAUCAAACAAUAUUGAAGGAUCGGUUUCAUAAACGACACCGCCCUAG